AUGGCCAAGCACCACGAGCCGCUCAAGGCCCUCGCGCCCAUUGACUGGGCCGAGGUGCCGCAGGAGGACGGCGGCCUCGACGGGUUCCUGAACGGCGUCUUUGCCGAGGCGCAGGUCGUGGUCGACUCGAUCCCCUCGACGACGACGACGACGAGCGGCAGCAACAGCACUACGGCUACCGGACGCGCCCGCGCGCAGACCGACUCGGCCGUCUUCUACAGCGGCGCAGCAGCAGCAGCAGCAACAGCCAAGGAUCAAUCACCGUCAUCGUCGGCAGGCCCAUCGGCGGAGCAGCGCGAGCAGCUCCGCAAGGAGUGGAAGGAGGUCAAGGUCAACCCGCGCGACAACCCGCUGGGCAUCACCGUGUACAAGCUGGCCGGCAAGGACGGGCGCGGCGCGUGGUUCGCCCGGCGCAGCGUCCACGAGGGCCUGUCCUUUGACCGCUGGAAGGCCGGCCUGGAGCGUGAGUUUGCCGAGACGAUGAAGGUCCAGGGGUCGCCGGGGAGUGGCAACAUUCGCGGCAUUGGCGCCGACAGGAGCGUCGAGCACAAGGUCCUUGAUGGCGCGGGGCACCUGAAUGUCUUCCAACUCUCUGCCCAGUUCCCCGGGCCGACCUCGCCGCGAGACUUCAUCACUCUUCUCCUGACCACUGACACCAUUCCGGGAAGACCGCCGCCGUCGCAGGAACAACAGAAGAAGCAGCACGGACCCCGCCCCUUGCGCCAGUACAUGAUUGUGUCCAAGCCGUGCACGCAUCCGGGCUGUCCGCCGCGCCAGGGCAUCAUCCGCGGCCAGUACGAGUCCGUCGAGAUCAUCAGGGAAGUCCCCGGCGAGAGCAUGGCGGGCAAGCGGUCCUUCUCGCACGCCGACCUCACGUCCGACGACGCCACGCGGAGGGUCAGCUUCGCCAAGCCCCCGGCCGAGGGCGACCACGACGGUGGCGACGGCGAAGACGGCCCCCGCGCCGUCGAGUGGCUCAUGGUGACGAGGAGCGACCCCGGCGGCAGCGUCCCGCGCUUCAUGAUCGAGAAGGGCACACCGCCGGGCAUCGUGGGCGACGCCGGCAAGUUUCUCAAAUGGGUCACCGCCAUGGACCCUUCCAAAGAGUCGGAGCCGGGAGCUGUCCAACACAACGGAGAGAAACAACAUCUCUCCCCGGCCGAUGCGCGCAAUAGACCAUCAAAUCAGCAACACGUCAACGCCGCCAACCGCACGCAGGACGAAGCGGGUACCGGCGGCGACGACGACGACGAGGGAAUCCCCAGCAGCAAUGGCAUAUACGGCAUCAUUGCCGGCGCAUUCGGGGCCGCCACGUCGGUCGCGUACGGCCUGCGUCAGCAAUUCAGCAGCCCCCUCGGAUUCAGCACCAGCCAAGAGAGCGUCGCGGAAGACCAGACGAAGCAGGAGGGCGCAGAGGGCGACGACGACAACGGCUCCGAGAGCGACGCGUCGUCGACGCACAGCUUCAGCUCCGCCAUGGAGCGGUACAUGACGGCGGACAUGGGCGGCGGCGACAGCAUCAACGGCAGCCACUCGUCCGAGUCGCGGUCGCAGUCCAAGACCAACGGCAACAACAACAACAACCCCCUGGAGAAGGAGCUGCUCAAGCUCACGGAGCGGCGGCGCAAGCUCGACGAAAACUACGCCAAGAUGCAGGAGCGGCUGGAGAGCCGGCGGCAGGGCGACAAGGACAAGGACGCGGCGGCGCUGGCCAAGGCGCGCGAGAAGCACGACCGCGAGCUGGCCAAGCAGGAGGCCAAGUACCGGCGCGAGAUGCGCAAGCUCGAGGAGAAGCGCGAGCACGAGGAGCGCAAGGCCGAGGCGCGCCGCCGCAAGACGCUCGAGCGCGAGGAGAAGAGCAGCCUGCAGCUCGAGCUGGACCGCGCGCGCGCAGACCGCGACGUCGCCCGCAAGCAGCUCGAGCUGCUGCAGGGGCAGGUCGGCGAGCUGCAGCGCGAGAACACGAUGCUCGUCGCGCGCCUCGGCCGCCUCGGCGCCAUCAACAGGGAGGACUCGGCCUCGUCCCGGGAGCUGUCCAUCAAGAGCCUCGGCAAGUCGGACAGGGCGGCCUCGUCGUAG